AUGAAUAUCGCCAUGUUCCUAUCCAGAUUCCACGCCCUGUGGACAAUCCCGGCGUCGCUGGCGGCCCGGGUUGACCAGACACCUUCGAGCAUCUCCCAGUUCGAAGUCCAUUCGCUUCCCGGGGCUCCUUCUUUGCCGCCCAGCUGGGCUGGAUGGCUUUCUGUUCCGGAUAUGGAGGACGGUAACUCGUUGUUCUUUUGGCUUGUCGAGGCUGAGGAUUCUACGUACGAUGACAAUCUUAUCAGCUUCUACAUCCCCUACUUCGCAUCCGCCAUCAUCGAGAACCAAGGGUCCUUCCCGCUAGACCUCGCUUCCCUGUCCAUGGGCGAUCCCACGAUAGGAGACCCCGCAGCCAUGUCCUCCGUGACUGUCGGGAAAUACCUCGAAUCCCAAAAAUCCGCCCUCCAGAUCCCCGACGACAUCAUCUCAGCCUUCACCGAAGGAAGCGAGGAAUGUGGCUUCGACAAAAUCGUUCAAAAACUAAACACCUCCCCCCCGAAAUCCGGCCAGAUCCCUAUCCCCGGAAACCCAGAUAACCUCUACACCCUGAAAGGCUCAGACGAGCUCAUCAACGGAGCAGACUGCUACCCACACGCAACCGACGCAGACGGUGUAUUAUCCUCCAUACUGAAUGAAACAGACUGCCUCGGCUCCUGUGCAACCUUCAACACAGCCGUGAACUACCUCUACACCAAGACCAAUUGCUUCAGCCAGUAUGACAUCAACGACGGCUGCGACAAAAUCAGCACGUUCCCUAUCCUCGCGAACGGCAGCACUGCGGUGCACGUGUACUCCGGCGAAAACGACUUUCUGCUCAACCACUUCGGCACAGAACUCGUUCUGCAAAACAUGACCUGGAACGGCGCGCAGGGGUUCGCGGAGGAGCCGUCGAAGGUGUUCUACAGUGAUGAUGCUAGACCGGAUGAUGGGAAGAAGAGUGAGGAUAAGUCUGUGGUGGGGACUUGGGGAGAGGAGCGCGGGUUGAGUUAUCAUUUCUUCCAUGGGGCAGGGCAUAGUGUUUUUGCGAAGAAGGGGAGAGAGAUGUUUGCGUUUGUUAGGGAUGUUGUUGUUGCUUAGAUUUUUUUGGGUUUUAUAGAUGGUUUUGUUUUUGAUUGGUUGUGCUGGUUGUAAAAUGAAUGCUGUGGAUGGGAGGAAGCUCCUACAUUUUCAAGGCAUGGAAAUAACGAC